CAUGACAAAGUUUUUUAUUUAAAAUAUUGCUAAUAUGUACUAUAAUAUAAUUAGGUUAAUAAGUAUAUUUUGAAUUUCAUUUACAUUUAUAUAGAUAAUCUACAAAGCGAAGUGAGGUUUUUCAUUUACUGCCUUAAACUCAAUGAUGUAUAAGUUGUAUAUGAUGUAUAAGUAGUAUAGGUACAAUAUAUAUACUUUUCAAAUUGCCCGCCAAAUCCAGAGAACUGUCAAUUGUCUAGAAGCUCCGAAGCAAAGUAUUUGGUUUUCUCUAGACGCAAGUCUACUCGAUUCUCGGAUCUUGAAAAUGAUUUUUAUUCGUGUCAAAGAUGGAUUCCUAUCCUGACGUACAGGAACACGAAUCCUGUGCAAAAAGAAUCAAACUUGAUCUUGACGAGUCUAAUCUUGGUGAAUUGUGCAAAGGAGAAGGAUUUUCUUGUUUUUCCACAUCAUCAACGGGACCGAUUGACAUCACUGAAGGCAUAUCGGCAGACUGUGAUUCAGGAUAUGAAGCCUCAAAUUUGGAAUCGGUGCCCACACCUCUCCACACCUCCCCCCGUACAGACCCCGGCGACAUCCAGGAAACAAUGUCAAGCAUUUCGGAAUCAUUCAUGCAGACGCCAACACAUGCAGACCAGCAAGAUACGUCACAGGAUAGUGUAAUUGAAGAUGACGAUGACAAUGCAUCCACCGUUAGUGAAUUGAGCGGCUUGUCAGAUUUAUCCGGACAAGAUUGGAAACCAAUGGCUGGAAGUAUGAUUUGGAUUCAACAACAAAUGCAAAAAGGCGUCAAUCCCAGAGAAAUACUAUCAGAAUUGGGAGUGGAUAGCCAGAUUCCUGAAUAUGUAGACGACAUAGCGAUAUGGAAACUAAUUAUCAACAUGCUGUCAGAACCCCCACGUAGGAAUAAACUUCGACACAUAAACACACUGGAUGACGUGGUGCGAUUACUGAAAGGUGCUCAAAAUAUUAUUGUAUUAACAGGAGCUGGAGUUUCAGUGUCUUGUGGGAUUCCUGAUUUCCGUUCCAGAGACGGGAUUUAUUCCAGAUUAGCUAUCGAUUUUCCGAAUCUUCCAGACCCACAAGCUAUGUUCGAUAUUAGCUAUUUUAGUCAAGAUCCUAGGCCUUUCUUCAAAUUUGCUAGAGAUAUCUACCCCGGAAAGUUCCAACCCAGCCCUUGUCAUAGGUUUAUCAAAUUAUUAGAAAAACAGAAGAAACUCCUUCGUAACUACACCCAAAACAUCGACACUCUCGAAAAAGAAGCCAAGAUCGACAAAGUCAUAGAAUGUCACGGUUCUUUUGCCACAGCGACGUGUACGAAAUGCGGCCAUAAAGUUACCGCGGAGAAGAUUCGAGAUCAUGUCCUUGCCCAGAAAAUACCCCUUUGUGAAGUUUGCCAUCCCGGUCAAGAGUGUAGUGUGUCUACUGACGAUGUUAGAGCUAGUCAAGCAAACACGAACUACAGAGAACUUGUCGAGUCUGGUAUCAUGAAACCCGACAUAGUUUUCUUCGGAGAAGGUCUUCCAGAUACCUUCCACGAAGCUAUGAUAGAAGACAAGUCGGAGUGUGACUUACUUCUAGUUAUUGGCAGUUCCUUGAAGGUUCGACCGGUAGCAUUGAUACCUAGCAGCCUUCCUUCACAAGUUCCUCAAAUCUUAAUCAAUAGGGAGCCUUUGCCACAUUGUCACUUUGAUGUGGAGCUGUUAGGCGAUUGUGAUGUCAUUAUUAAUCAUCUAUGUAGGCUAUUGGGUAAUCAUUGGGAAGAAGGGAUCUACUCCUCUCAAACGUUACAGCACGCCGAAACGUUGCUCCCAUUGGAAAACCCACUCCUGCCAGAGUUAGACAAACAACCUAUACCCAGCAUAGACUUCAGCUACUCACACCAAUCAGUCUCCUCCCAUUGUAUAUGCAAGAGUACAAAUAGUAGUUCCUUAAGUGCAGACGUGACCACUGAAACGCAGUGCUUAUGUUUUACAUACAAGUCAAUUAACGAUAGCGAAUUAGAAAGUAAGAGCGGCAAAGAGAGACACAUGAGUAUCGAUUCGGCCAAAGAUUCGGGUAUCGGGGAAAAUUCGAACUUUACCGAUAAAUACGAAUCGGACGAGAACGGUGAAGAGAAAAGUGCUACUAGUUUUUGUUUAGAGAUUUGUAAUGACUCGUCGACGUCCUCGGAAGGAUUUCGAAAGAGCUCCUCGGAUCUUAGAGGAUAUUGGCAGCCCAAGGUGAAGAAGAGUUUGGCAGAUAGAUUACCAGAGAACUCUUUCCACCUAAUACCCCCGAGCCGAUAUAUCUUCCCUGGAGCAGAAGUCUUCUAUGACCCAGACGAAAAACUCCACUACGAAGGCGACACCUCCAAUUCCGAUGAUUCGGAGAGUGAGUCUGAAUGUGGCAGUCAGAACUGUUCAUUGUAGUUCAUUAGUUCUCUGUUUUUAUUAGUUUUAAGUGUUUCCCUGUUGUUAUGUUAUAAUUUUUAUAAACUGAGGGUCGUAGCUCUGUUCGCAGAGUCUCUGUUGUUGGAUUCGUUUUUUAUUUCUUAAAAUUUUUUGUUAUCUGCGUGUGGGGUAUAUGAAAUAUAGGUGUACCUACUGUAUGUUUCACUUGCAUUUAUUUAGCUCCGUAUCAGUUGUAUUUUACGGAACUGUCCUUUUCUAUACAGUUACAAUACAAUACUUCAACAGAAAAAAAUAUUUGUAAAAAUUUUAUUCUUAUUCAACUAGUUCAGCGAAAACUUCAUUACAAGUUAUGUAGAGGAACAUUAUAAAACUUAAAGGAGUGUAGAGGUGUUUACUCUCCUUUUUGUUUACUCAACAUUUUCUACUUCAUAAAAUUAUCUCAAAUAUUCUACUCUUUUAAUUGUUAAUUUUAAUUAAGUAUUGUAUUGUGAUAUCGAAAUGUGAAAUUCCAUUUUUGACUCCAACGACCUAUAUUCUCAUAUCACAGCUACCUAAAGCUUACAAGCCGUCAAAUAAGAAUGGCAACACCGCAUCAGCUGUUAGAAGUAGUCCGAUUGUUAGCAAGCAAAAUAAAAGAGGAACAUAUUUACAUUAAGAAAACAAUGUGUGACUGUGAAUUUAACACAAUUAUUACAAUCUUCGUAAGACAUACAUACCUUUUGCUUUUUUAAUCGAAUAAUUCAUUAAUAAAAUAAUACAAUAAAAGCAAACAGAAUUAGCAUAACCUCUCCAACAAUUAAACACAGUAAAAAUGGUAUACUAUCGGACUACCUCCAACGUUGUCAAUUUUCUCGGCUUGUAAGCGUUGCUAACAGUUCCUCCAAUGUUGCCAAUUUUCACGGCUUGUAUGCUGUAGGUGGCUGUGGCUCAUAUACACCAUACACAUUGUUUACAAUCAAACAUUGAGUUGAUUGUUUUAUUGUUAAUUUAAGUGGCUGUUCUUUGUCGCCUUUUUCAGAAUGUUUUGAAAAGGCACUCAAAUUAUUAUAAUUAAUUAUAUAAGGGUGUAAAUUGUCUAUCGAAAUUACAUAUACAAAAACUAAAAAAAUUAAACUUUGUUGAUCUCUUUAAUAUAAGUGAGAUAUUCGCUUUUAUUUUGUUUUUAUGGGUUUAUUGUACCUAACUUCGACUAUUAUACUACUGAUUGUGCAAAAUGAUGGAUAAAUCAUUGAAUGCUUUUUUUUCAUUGAUGAAAAACAAGUCACCUUGUAUUUCUUUCAAUUUGCAGAAAUUAUCAAUAUUGGACCACAUUUUAUGAAAGAUACGAAGAAAACUACCAUCGAAAGAAAGGAAACAAUAGGAUUAUUGAAAAAAAGUCGUUUUUAAAUGCAUACUUAGCAAAAAUCCAAUGUUUAAAAAUCUUCGAAGAAAGUUCAAACAUAAUUUUGAAAAACAGUCAAUUAACUGGUACUCUUGCUCUUACCCGUUUUUUGAAUAUAUUUGGGAAAAUAUCAAAAAACGGGUAAGAGCAGGAGAUUAAAGUAUAAGAUCCGGUUGUUCGAACGCUAAUCAAGAAGUUGAUUAUAAUCAAGUCCACUUAACAAUCAUCAAAUAACAAGAUCCGUUGUUGUACGCCAAUCAGUUGAUUGUAAUCAAUUAUGUUAAUUAUCAUUAUAAUAAUUAACAUAAUUGUGUUAAUUAUCAUUAUGAUAAAUUAACAUGAUUGAUUAAUUAACAUAGGUAAUUGAUUAAGAAAUCAAUUAAUCUCAUAAUUGUAAUCAAUUAUGUUUUCAGCAACCCAAUCAAAGUUGACAUUGACAGUUGGUGAUAGUAAAUAAAUAUUUGAUAAUGAUCAGUUGUUUCCAUUUUUGAUUAGCGUUCUAACAACCGACCCUAAGGGGCGGUAGUUCGAACGCUAAUCAAGAAGUUGAUUAUAAUUAAGUCCCCUUAACAAUCAUCAAAUAACAACACCACUCAUUAAUUAACAUAAUUGAUAUUAAUUAAUUAUUAAUUAACAUAACUAUUAUUAACAUAAUUGAUUAAUAAAUCUCAUAAAUGUAAUCAAUUAUGUUUUCAGCAACCCAAACAAAGUUGACAUUGACAGUUGGUGACAGUAAUUAAAUAUUUGAUAAUGAUCAGUUGAUUGUAAUUUUGAUUAGCGUUCGAACAACCGGCCCUAAGAGUAGUAUAUAAACAAAUUUGAUAUCUCGUUAAGACAAGUUAUGAGUGUACCAUAUAUAUACUGUUGCCAAAUUUAAAUGCUUCUGUUUGAAGCUAAAGAGAUCUAUGGCUAUUCAAAUUGAGAACCACUUUUUCGUUAAAUAUAGUUCGAUAAGGUUUUUUUUACAUGAACGCAAAUUUUUUUUAUAAUCUUGUAGUAACGUUCAAAUAAGACAAAAUUCAUAAUAUAUCUUGCAUUCAGGUACUGUUUUUGCACCAUCAGUUGCUUUAGUAGUCCAACUGGUAACUUAUCGAAUGCUUGCUGAUUUGAUUGAAAUGACUGAUUUUAUUUAUUAUUUAAAGUGUGUGAAAAUGUGUGACAGUGAUAGAGUACCUUAUUUUUUUAAACCUAAUGUUAUUUACACUAUAAGAUACUAUUAGGCUCUUGUUCUACCGACUCAACGCAACUGCAACUCUACUGCAAUGCAACUAGUGACAACCUCUCGACAUCUUGAACGUAACUGAUUGCAAAUUAGUCACAAUGGUUGACAAAAGACAAACGAUGCGAUUAAUUGGCACUAGUUGCAUCGCAGUCGAAUUCUAGUUGCGUUGAGGUUGUGGACAAAGAGCCUUACUUUUAAUCACAUAAGACACGUUCAAAUAGAUUUAAGGAAUUAAUUAAAUUGAAAUUGUUACGGAGUGUGAAGAUACCUAUGUGUAUUAAGACUAACAGUUUUUAUUGCUGUUUUAUCAUGAAACAGUAAUGUUUAACAUUAUUGGUGAGGUCAAGUCCUCAUUUUGUUUCGAGAUAAUUUCCAUUAUGGUAUUAAAUAAGCAAAUAAUCUGUUGAGAGAUUAUAUUGAUAGAAAAUUUGUUAUGUUAACCUCUUUUCAUAUUCUUCUAUAUGUAUAUCACCAUAAAACUAUUGACAUUGAGUCCUCUAGAUUCACGAUAUUGUUGGUCCUUAAUGUACGUGGUGUUUUCAUUUGAACAAUUCCUUAAAAUCUCCAAUAUACUGGAUAUAGUAAUCUGAAGUUUAACCACCUUUCUCAUUUAUGCCUCUUAAACUAUAAGAGGUACAUUAAAGAUAGUAAAAUUGUGGAAAAUUUCAUCUUACAAAUAUUUUACAAAGAAAAGUGCUGCUAAGGUCUUACAAAAUUAGUCACCGAAAAAAAUUUUCACUCAAAAACAAUUUGUGCAUAUAGAUUACAAUUUUUAACACGUUGAGUACGGCGUGACGUUAACAAUGUGUCACACAUAUCACACACAAUUAGCCGGUGGGACAACAAGAGUGGUCACGGCUAGAAAAUCAUAUUUAGACAUUCCACUCAAGAGUCACACUUUUUUUCAUUUUCAGGUCAUAUUUGCAUGUAUUCUACUUAAAAAAUUUGAUAAAAUCGAUAGUUCUCUUUAUGUUGUUAUAAUCAGAGCAGAAAUAUUAUAAAAUCGUCACUUUUUACGUGAUUUUAUUUGCCAAAAGAAAAUUGUACUUGUACUUGGUGUAAGGUAUAAGUGAGAAAGACAUAAUUGACAUUCAGAUUAAUAUCUCCCAAUCUACAACUAACAAUUCAAAUCAUAGCUACAUAACUAUGUACAUAAGCGUAUAUAAAUUAUAAGAAGCUUCGAGAUAUUUUUGUUUUAGUCGUAUCGGUAUAUCAGGUGUAUCUUAAAUGAAACAGCUAUAUUAUCUGAAAUCAUUAGUACAUGUUGGACCAUGCUUAUUAAAUUUCCUUAGAAGCUAUAAAGAAGGAUUUUGAUAAAGAUUUUUGAUAUACUACAGUUCUUAAGGAACUGUUACUCAGGAAAGAAGAACAUCAUCAUCAUCAUGGCAUGUACACUCCUAGCGGAGUGAUUGCCGCCCUCUUUGGGCUCUUUCGAUUCGUUUGUCGCGGGAAUCGGUCCGCAUUAACAUUUCCGUUUUACAAUUAGUUGUGUGACUUGACAUCUUCUACAAUUUUUCUCCAUUUGUUCCUGUUUUUGCUUGUGGUUGUCCAUUCUCCAACUCCCAUCUUCUUAAGGGGGAAGUCUACUGUGACAAGAGAAAAAAACAGGUCGAUUUUCCGGAUUUUUUUUUCUAACAAAUUAUGACUUGUACAUUAAAUUAAAUUAAACCGUCAUCUUUACUAUAUAUUCAGUAUUUGUAAAAAAAAAUUCAAGUCGAAAUAUUUAAAAUUGCCGUCGUGGUACUCCUUCAAGCGCAGGCCCGUUUUUUUAGGUGCCCAAAGGGUGUACAUGAAAUCUCACGUCUAAGUGAUCUGAAACAAAAAACAAAAUAUGGUUAUCAUCUCCAUAGUAUUGACACUCGUCUAACGGAGGAUUUUGUCGAUAAAAAAUUUUGGCGCCGAAAAAAAAAAUCUUGAAAUUGUGUCACAUGUGAAAUAAUGUCACUCAAAUUCAGUAAAAUUUAUAUGAAUAUAUUCGUUUCAAAUUAACGGAUAAUUCUUAUCAUUGCCAACUCUUAAUUUUCAAUAAUAAGAGCAGAAAUUGAUAUAAAUCAAUCUGAAAUCAAAUGGGUAGGUACAUAAGUUAGAGAGAAAAAAUAUUUUAAUAUACCCAAAUUAUCGGUACUUCAUAAAUCUUCUCGGGCUCUUAGGGGCCGUUCAAGUAUUACGUAACGCAGGUUGGAGGGGGGAUAAAAAAUCUUCAAAAAUUGCGUUACGCAAUAGUUAAACGCCCAUUAGAGUGCGUUACGUAGGGGGAGGGGGUCAAAAAUCGCGUUACGUAAUACUUGAACGCUCCCUUAAGCAUCUUAUUACAAUAGUUUCACUAAUCUGCUUAAGCCCAGCGGGGUUUAAGCUGUUUUGAGUAGCACCCAGAGCAAUAGUGAUUGUAACUGCCACGUUUAUGGACUCAAAAAUGUGAUUUCGAUAAACUUUAAUUGCAAUUUGCGCCGUAAUUAAUCAUAAUUAAGAGUUGGCGCAAUGAUAAGAAUUGACCGUUAAUUUAAAACGAAUCUAUUCGUAUAAAUUUUAUUGAAUUUGAGUGACAUAAUAUUUUCCAUAAGAUGUGUGCGGUGUCCUUUGAUGUUAUUAUUGUUUAUAACAAUUAAACAAAAAACGAUAUCAAAAAAAUUCUCCGUCAGACGAGAGUCAAUACUAUGUAGACCAUAUUUUGUUUUUUGUUUCAGAUCACCUAGACGUGAAAUUUCAUGUACACCGUUUGAGCAGCUAAAAAAACGGACCUGCGCUUGAAGGAGUGCCACGACGGCAAUUUUGAAUAUUUCGACUUGAAUUUUUUUUACAAAUACUGAAUAUAAUAUAAUAAAGAUGACGGUUUAAUUUUAAUUUAAUGUACGAGUCAUAUUUUGUUAGAAAAAAAAUGCGGAAAAUCGGCCUGUUUUUUCCCUUGUCACAGUAGACUUCCCCCUUAAGGUCCUCGACUAUCUGGUUCUCCCAUUUGGUUUUGGGCUUUCCUCAUGGUCUACCUGAUACAGGUUUCCAUUUGAUAAUUUUCUUGAUAACUGCUUCUGGAUUUCUCCUUUCUAUGUGUCCCAUCCAUGAGUCUCUGUGUCUUGAUAAAUCUAAUGAUGUCUUCUCCUUGCUAAAGUUCUCUUACUUCUUGGUUCAUCAGUUUUCUCUAAAUUCAUUAUUACCUAAAUUUAGUGGACCUGUUAUCCUUCGAAUUAUUUUUCCCUCUAGUGUCCCCUCCAUUUUUCUGUGUCAGAUACAUUACUUCAACGCAGGUUCGUAACUACGAUGUUAGGGGCCCCGGGGCAAUGGUGAUCUGGGGGCCCCUUUCCUGGGGUCUGGGGGUUUACCCCCCAGCGGAAGGCUUGGUCCGGAAAAAUGUUUGAUAUUUAACCCCUUGAAAACGCAUUUUAAUGGAUUCUAUGAGUGAAGUUUCUUAAACCUACAUUUAGUGGACCAUCACAAAAAAUUUUUGAAAUCACCUUAUUUUUUAUUCGCUUUAAAAAAUUAAAAAAAAAACAACAAAA